AUGCGAUUAUUAAACGCCCAGACUCUAGAAGUAGAGUCCUUUGCUGGAAAUGAUGUGCCAGGAUAUGCGAUUCUCUCUCAUACUUGGGGAAAGGAGGAGGUGACCCUCCAAGACAUUCAGAGAUGCAGCCAGGCUGAGAUGAUGGAGCAUGAGCGAUACGGUAAGCUGCGGGGAAGCUGUGAGAUUGCCACUUCUUUUGGACUCAACUACAUCUGGAUCGACACCUGCUGCAUCGACAAGAGCAGCAGUGCCGAACUAUCAGAGGCCAUCAACUCCAUGUUCCGCUGGUAUGCCGAGUCGGCCGUCUGCAUCGCCUACUUGGAGGACGUCAGCAGCACGAGUGCUUCUGACGGGACAAACUCCAUGUUCAAACAAAGCCGUUGGUUUACGAGAGGUUGGACCUUACAAGAACUGAUCGCCCCCAGCAAGGUGGUCUUCUACAGCGACGACUGGACGCCCCUUGGCACCAGAGACUCGCUGAAGAAGGAUAUACAAGAAGCCACAAGAAUCCCGGAAGAGAUGCUUGAAGUAACAUCCCAGUCUAAAUGGAGCCGGGAUCGAAAAUUACGCCAACUGUCUAUUGCCGAGAGAAUGAACUGGGCAGCGAAGCGGGAAACAACUCGACCGGAGGAUAUCGCCUAUUGCCUUCUUGGUCUCUUCGAUAUCCACAUGCCCUUGCUCUAUGGCGAGGGGCAAAAAAACGCCUUCAAGCGACUUCAAGAAGAGAUUAUAAAGUCCACCGACGACGAGUCCAUCUAUGCCUGGUGCCUUCCUCGACACCUCAGCGAAGGACAAGACUUCUGGGGCUUGCUUGCUGACAGUCCGGCGGCGUUUGAGAUUGACCAUGGACUGGAGGAUAUCAAUGGCUUGGUCCCUCAGCGAUCCAAGUAUGUUUCGCUCCGAUCCGGGUUUUCUACGGCUACGACAAACCGAGGUUUGCAUCUGGAACUCCCUCUGACGCCACUCCCGACGGAUGAGUCGGGGACCAUCUUUUUGGCCUUCUUGAACUGCGAGUUGCGGAGGGGUCAGGGCUCUAUCAAUCCGGCAAUUCUACUCCAGAGGACUUCGUGGGAUAACGACGCCUAUUUUUCGAGAAUCCGACCCGACAUGUUGGCCCUCUCAAUGAUGAACAACAUCAUUCUCCCCGAUGAGCUCCUGAGCAUUCUAGCAAAGGACCAGGCCGAGCCUUUCACAGAAGCGGUUCCCCGGCAGAUCUUUGUACCUCAUAACGCCCCGGAAAUCAGGUAUCUCAAGGGCAUGAUAUUUCAUCCCGAGAUGAAAGACCCAGAAGAAGAGUCGCCUUACGCCGUCCACGUUAGCUCCCGAUCACCGACCUGGCAAUACUUCUAUGACGUGACCAAGGAGUUCUCAGGCUCGCCAGAAUCCUACGAAAUCAACUUUGACCAGGCUCCUGGCCCCUCUGUGGAGGAUUUGACGAGCCCCAAGGUCCUCGGGGUGCUUGAGCUCAGCCUCAACGGCGUGCAUGGUUCACAACCCGAGGGAACAUGCUUGGUCACCGGCGUGGAGCCUCUACCACCGAAUCCAUUCGACACCGCGGCCUUGUACUACGUGCCGUGUUACGCGUUCGAGACUCAAUCGCGAAUUUCGAAGGGGGACUUUGAGGGCGUUCUGGAUAAAUCGCAGCGGGCGGACAGUUUGAAACUCCUGCACACUGUGAGGGCAUCGAUUGGACUGGAGAGUAAAUACUCCAGUUUGUUUUAUAGUAUAUCCUUGAAGGUGGAGGUUAAGAAGGGGGGGGAGGGUGGUCUCUUCUGGUUUUAA